UGUGACGUUAAGUGCAAUUCGUACCUUGAGGAAUACCGAGUUCAGAUAAGUGAGAAGAGAGAGAGAGAGAGAGAGUUAGAAAAUAUACUUAUCCUCGUAUCUACACGUGAAAUAUCGUGUUCAGUGGUUCCAUUUAUGUGGCGAAUAAGAGUUAGCUUCUGGGACUUUCGUUUGGAAAAGCAGGUGCAAGAUUUACGAAGCGUCGUAGAGUCACGAUAAGAACCGAACCUGACUCGAAGUGGUGCUGAAAUUUCGCAAAGAAAAGCGGCUCCUUAUGGCUCAUACAUAGACCUAUUCAUUUUAUGAAAUCGAUUCCUGGUUUAGUUAGUUACCGAAGAUCAACUUUGAAAUGUGCGUCGUUAUUAAGCAACAGCGUGAAUUGACGAAUGUUAAACCUUAAGAUGCCAACAGGAUGAUGCAAUACCGAACCAGUGGUGAGUCUAGCUAGAGUUAAAGUGAGUUGAUUUCCCACCUGUCAAAAUGGAAGAGGAAGAGUGGAGAUCCACUUCGGGGUAGUCUUCAUCGCAACACGGAAAUGACGCGGGAUGUGCACGAGAAAUAGUACGGUAGCUUUAGAAAUGAACUAACCAGCGCUCUCAGCAGUUUGAUAGGAUAUGGUGUAGGUGCACUGAACAUAAUCCGUUCGCUCACCUACAUAAUAGUCAACCUUUGAAAUGAGACGUUCGAUUUCGUUCGCUUUUGUCCCGAAGAUUGCAAAAAUCAAGAGCGGAGUCUUUUCCGAAACUCUCAGCGCCGUGACUGAUAACAGCCGCUUACACUGACCCAAAUUCCGAAAUUAUAUACGCAGUAGGCAGAGUUUUCUCUCGAUUCAAAGCUUACAGCACAACCCCGUUCUUUGAAUGACGAAAAAAAAGAAAGAAAUAGCGAAUAACCGGGGAAAACUUAUGAAAACACUCUGCGAUAAGGUUCAGUGAGGAGAGAAAGGCGGUGUUUUGCACAAAGGGAACCAGAAACGCCAGAAGAAACACUGACGACAUUUAUCGCAACAGAUGAGAGAGACGAAUUUUUCACCUGUUUUGAUAUACAAAAAAAAAAUAGCAACGAAUUUCCGUUGCUUCUUCUCUGCUCCUGAACUCCUGAAACAAACGAGGUACUUGAUGAUAUGUGCGAACCUCACAUGGGGGGCUCAGGAUAGCGAAGUGUGAACGGAAACUAUGCGAGAAAUUCGGAGAUGAAAAGUAUAGAUAAGCGAAUUUCAGCUGUGUCGCCUAAACGCUUUGAUGGAAAGUGUAAACACAGAUAAGUGUCGAACCAAAUAGAACGUUGAACCUUGGAGAAAAGAUCUUUUUAUUGCAUUUAUGUAUCGUGUGAGUGCGUUGCUUUUUAACCUCUAAAAACAAAAUAAAAUAAUUAAUUAUUCCGCUUUCACGACAAAAGCAACAUUGAAAUAUUAAGCGGAGAAUAGACCUUUCUAUUGCGUUGCGGUCUAAUCUCUAAAAAUAAAACUUAAUAAAAUUAAUUAUUCCGCUUUCACGACAAAAGCAACAUUGAAACAUUAAGCGAAAAAUUGAAGCGAAGAAGGACGGCACAUCUCAGAAUUGAAUCCAAACGCUAAUAAGAAAAAGAGAAGGUUAAUUCGCUUGUGGAUAGAACUGGGCUCAACAACCCUGGAACCAUGUAUCGCAAUUACCAGCUGCCCGAAGGUAAGAGGAUUAAGGUUUACAAGAGCGGCGAUACCUUUUACACGGGAAAGUCCAUGGUCGUCAAUCCUAUGCAGAUCAAGAAUUUGGAUAACCUCAUUACAUCGAUUACGGACAAGGUCGACCCUGACUGGGGCGCAGUCAGAAGCAUCCACACCCCCAACACUGGGACACUCGUCCAGAGCAUAGACGCCAUCAACAGGGAGGGAGUUUAUGUUGCUGCUGGACCAAAGGGCUUCGUCAGCAUUCCUGGAGGUUACGAGAACAUAGGAAAACCAGGAAUCCGAAAGAAAUUUGCCAACCAUAAGCCAAUCCACAGGUCAGGACUCAAAAAUGAGGUCUACAGCAUCCAAGUGUUCAAGAACGGGGAGGGAGGAGCUCCUAUACCCUUCAAGUUCACCCAGUCUGACAUCUCCAACUGGGACCAGGCUCUCUACAGACUCUCGGAGAAGGUCCGGUUACCGAACGGGCCCGUCAAAAGAAUGUAUCACAUGAACGGCAAGAUCGUGAGGUCUCCUUCCGACUUGGAGAACAACGGAACCUACGUGGUAGCCGCUUCGAACGAGACGUUCCGUACUGCCAGUUACGGCGAUGCUGCUCCACCUGACGAUACACAGCAUCCCGGGGACUCUAGAGGACCAGAAAGCAGAUUCACGAAAAAGCAGCAGCAGCAGCAGCAGCAGCAGCAGCAGCCGCCGCAGCCUUCCAGGGGCGCGCCGGAGGCAGGCAAGAAAAAACAGAUGAAACUCCCGACGAAGAAGCUGACCCGGAGACCCAAGACGGAACCGACAGAAGAAGAAGGGGAACCCAGGAAAUUCAGCAGCUCUGACAGCAAGAAACUUGGGCCUGGCAGAGCCAAGGCGAACGUCAAGAGGACGGUGAAGACGGGAGAAGGAGGGAGCCCUUCUGACACCAGCCAGGCAGACGAGAGCGCGAAAGGGCGGAAGUUCAGUAAAGGGAAACCUCACAAAGUCGUUUCCUCUAAACUGCAAAGCAGAUCGAAGCCCACAGGCAAGAGAAACAACUCCGCCAAUGGCCAGAGCCGCGGUCCUAGCACGCAGCCCAAGGGAACGCCAGCAACCAGAAGCACGGAUGGAGGGGACAAGAACAAAAGCCGUUUCUCGAAAGCGCGCACCAACCGCUCCAGAGUGGCAUCGCCCGUGACAGCCAAGAUCCCGAAGGAGAUCCCGGAAAGCAGCGACCCGGGGAAAGUGGAGUACCUCAAGCUGGCGUCCACACAGAACUCGCCUUACCAGUCACCCGGGGGAACCCCCAACCAGACUCCGGCCAACUCCAGACCUUCCAGCCCCCACAAGGGAUACGACCACCGUAGUGCGUCGUCACCCUACUCCCCGCCUGAAGUGAUAGCCGAGGAAUAUGAGGAUGAGGAAGGGGAAUAUGAGGACGAGGACGAGGAUGACCUUUCGGCAGUCACCUCGGUAGGUGGGAGGUAUUCCAGGAUGUCCGUGUACGACAGCGGCCAUGCUUCGCUUUUCGGUGACGAAGACAGACCCGACAGCGUGUUCAGGGCCAAAACUCGAUCGCGACCGGUGACUAUGGUCGACUAUGACACGGACGACGGAGGGAUAUUCAGGGCCAAAUCGAAGUCGGACUACGUGAGGGGGGCCAAGGAAAUUUUGGAGUCCUCCGCCACUGCCAUUGAACUCCCCAUUGACCUCCUUGAUGCCAAGGAAGUCCAGGAGGAGAUACUUGUCGCAUAAUUCCAAGAACGAGAACCUUCACAUACAAGGUGAUUACCUCACGGGGGCUCAAGGACAGUCUGAACGCUACAAACUGGAAUUUUGGUCAUUCAUAUUACAUAACCUGAUUUACCCUCAGUCACUUUUCAUUCAUCCAGUCUUUUUUGGCUCGUUUUUGUAAGUAUACUGAAAACAGUUUUCACCAAAUCAAGAAAACGCGACAGGCAUCAGUUAACCAAUACGCCAAAACUGUCAAACAAUCUUUGGCAACUUUAGUUUGUCCAAGACUCAGAGAAGUUGCAGUUUUGAGAAACAGGAAACUCCAUUUUGUAACUGGAAUCGAGAAGAAUGAAAAUGAGGGGAUGAUAUUCUCCAACGACUAAACCUUUUGAUAAAACAUUGUCUCCUCACGUCAUCAAUGUUUUCCCUUCAAUGAUUUGGUCGAAUUCACGUGGUCUCAACCUUGAGACCUUGGAAAUAUGUCAAAGUCAGCUCCCUGUAUUUAUGAUAUCUACAGGGUAUUGCCUGAUUCUUGAAUAUAUUUUAUCAGGGUAUUGACUAACAUUUGAAUGUAUCAAAGGGGUAUUUGCCUAUCAUAUGAAUCUAUCAAUAGGGUCCUGCUUAUUGUUCUAAUGAAUCAACUGGUUAUUGCCUAGUAUUUAAAUAUACCAACUAGGUAUUGCGUCAUGUAUGAAUGCAUCUGUAGUAUUGACUAAUAUUUGAAGUUUUCGACGUGGUAUUGCCUAAUAACCGAAUCUAUCCACAGGGUUUUGCCUAAUAUCUAAAUAAUAUAUCCUGAACUUUGACCAUCCACUAUUCUUGAAAAAUUAGGCGUCGUUGAUAACUGGAACAAAAUGACUCUGUUGUAGUGCCUUUUCAACCUUAUCUGUGAUACAGUGUUAUACAAUGCUACAUAAUGUAAGAAAGCAUGCUACAGCGUCUACUAAACUGACUAAACCAGCAUGAUAAAAACAGUUAUGCAAAGCAUGUUAAGAUUGUGAUAGCUGUCUUAU